AUGACUGAAGAACAUCCAGCAGUAGUAAUUGAUAAUGGUUCUGGUUAAUGCAAAGCCGGAAUUGCAGGAGAUGAUGCUCCAAGAUGCUGUUUCCCAGCUAUAGUUGGAAGACCUAAGCAUCAAGGGAUAAUGGUGGGAAUGGAUACAAAGGAAGCCUAUGUAGGUGAUGAAGCAUAAGCUAGAAGAGGUGUUUUGACAUUAAAGUAUCCUAUAGAUAAUGGAAUAGUGAAUAAUUGGGAUGACAUGGAAAGAAUUUGGCAUCAUGCAUUCUUCAAUGAAUUAAGAGUAUCUCCAGAAGAUCACCCAGCAUUGUUGACUGAAGCUCCAAUGAAUCCAAAAGUUAACAGGGAGAAGAUGACUCAGAUAUUGUUUGAAACAUUUAAUGUUCCAUCAUUCUAUGUUUAAAUUUAAGCUGUUCUAUCUUUAUAUGCUUCAGGAAGAACAACAGGAGUAGUUGUAGAUUCAGGAGAUGGUGUCACACACACUGUACCUAUUUUUGAAGGUUAUUCACUUCCUCAUGCCAUUCAAAGAAUAGAUUUGGCAGGAAGAGCUUGUACUCAGUAUCUUGUAAAUAUUUUGAAUGAAUUGGGAAUAUCAUUCACCUCUUCAGCUGAGUUGGAAAUAGCCAGAGAUCUGAAGGAGAAAUUAUGCUAUGUUGCAUUGGAUUACGAUGCAGAAAUGAAAACUUACAAAGAAAGUGCAGCCAGUAACAGGCCUUAUGAAUUACCAGAUGGAAAUGUUGUUGUAAUUCAGAAUUAGAGAUUCAGAUGUCCAGAAUUAUUAUUCAAGCCACACUUUAUUGGUUUGGAAGUGCCAGGAAUUCAUGACUUAACUUUUAAAUCAAUCAUGAAGGCAGAUAUUGAUGUUAGAAAGGACUUAUAUGGAAAUGUUGUUAUGUCCGGAGGUACAACUAUGUUCCCAGGAAUCCCUGAGAGGUUAAGUAAGGAAUUAUCAGGUUUGGCACCAUCUUCAAUGAAAGUCAAAGUUGUGGCUCCACCAGAAAGAAAGUUUUCUGUUUGGAUAGGAGGAUCUAUCUUGUCAUCAUUAUCAACAUUUUAGGCAAUGUGGGUUACAAGAUCAGAAUACGACGAAGCUGGACCUUAAAUAGUCCAUAGAAAAUGUUUCUGAUUAAUUUCAUUUAAUUUUAAGUUUUAAAUUUUAUUAAAAUUAUUUUUGGAGUACAAA